GUCUAAUAUCUCUAUUCUUCGCAACGUCGAACAAUUUUAAAAUUAGUAUGCAAUACAAAGAGACGACGCUUUCACUUCUGUCUGAUCAGAAAUGCCGAAACUUUUGAGGACCGGAUAAGCGACACGACGAAUACACAGGAAUAGUAGUUGCGAACAAUUGCGGAGUAAAUAUCGUUGGAGUUUCGUUUGAGAACUCUUACUUGUUCUAGCUGCUGUUUACAUCUGUAAAAGUAAUAACGACGGUUUAACGAGUGUCGCAUGGAAUGCGAUAAUCACCAUGAACGAAAGCGAUUCAGUUUACGGGACUACAUUGUCCCAGGAGUCGAUAAAAGUAAUCGCAGAGAGUAUAGGCGUUGGAAAUUUUCCCGACGAAGCUGCCAAAGAUCUCGCCGAAGAUGUAAGCUACAGACUCAAGGAAAUUAUACAGGAUGCCGCUAAAUUUAUGAGACAUGGAAAACGUCAACGUAUGACGACUCACGAUAUAGAUCACGCUCUAAAAAUUAAGAAUAUCGAACCGACCUAUGGAUUUUUCGCCAAGGACCACGUACCCUUUCGCUUUGCUUCUGGCGGUGGUCGAGAAUUACAUUUCGUAGAAGAAAAAGAAAUCGAUCUGAACGAAGUUAUAUCUAUGUCCAGUGGACAAACAUGGCCCAAGUUACCCCUAGAAAUUACAUUGCGCGCUCAUUGGCUUUGUAUAGAUGGCGUACAACCCACGAUACCAGAGAAUCCACCGCCAGUUUCUAAAGAUGUACAAAAGUUGGAGAGCGUCGACCCAACGAGUAAACUAUCGAACAAGAGUCAGAACAUUGGCGUUGGAAAACCAGGAGGUGGAGGAAAGAGUCAGAAAUUACGUAACGUAGAAACCGUUCACGUUAAGCAAUUAGCGACUCACGAAUUAAGCGUCGAACAACAAUUGUAUUACAAAGAAAUUACGGAAGCUUGCGUGGGAUCGGACGAGGCACGCAGAGCAGAAGCACUUCAGUCGCUUUCCGCUGAUCCUGGUUUACACGAAAUGUUGGCACGAAUGUGCACUUUUAUCGCGGAAGGUGUUCGUGUGAACGUAGUACAAAAUCAUCUCGCUCUUCUUAUUUAUCUUAUGCGUAUGGUUAAAGCUCUUUUGGAUAAUCCUAGUCUUUAUUUGGAAAAAUACUUACACGAAUUGAUUCCGUCUAUCGCCACUUGUAUAGUGUCGCGACAAUUAUGUAUGAGACCAGAAGGAGAUAAUCAUUGGGCGUUGCGAGAUUUCGCCUCACGUCUUAUGGCUCAAAUAUGUAAAAAUUUUAACACAUCUACGAAUAACGUACAAACAAGAGUAACUAGAAUGUUUAGUCAAGCAUUAGCUAAAAAUAGUCAGACUCCACUGGCGUCCCUUUAUGGUGCGAUCGAGGGACUGUGCGAGCUAGGUCCGGAGGUAAUAAAAGCAUUGGUCAUUCCCAAAAUUAAAUCGAUUUCCGAACGCAUAGAAUCGUGCAUCGAAGGACCAGGUUUGUCAAGCGUGGAUAAGAAUGGAGCGGGUCAUAUAAAAACGUUACUUGUGAAAUCAGUGGCUCCAGUUUUAAAAACAGUGCGAUCUCCGCCUGAUUACGUCGAAGAUUACAAACAGGAUUACGGUUACAUAGGGCCCGCGUUAUGCGCAGCAGUUGCAAAAGCUCGGACACAGCCAGCGACGUUAGCGACCACUGCGUCGACAACAACGGCUCUAACGACGAGUCAGCAAGGUCCCACGUGUACCGGAAAAACGAUCGUACAAGCUGUGACGAGUUCCAGUCCUGGACAACAAACUGGACGAACGAUAAUGUUAGGUACAAGUAGAACCAGCGGGGGUACUGCUACAAGCGGCGGACAAAAAUUUGUAAUUUUGCAGUCACGAUCGCAAACCCCAACUGCUUCUAAUAUCAAUACCAGUGCGAUUCAGCAACAGCAACAACAAUCCCAACCACCACAACCGCAGCAACAGCAACAACCAGUUAAUAAAAUUGUACAAACCAACGUGGUCCAACAAAAGACACAUAUGCAGAGCAGCGCACCGAAAUUAGUAGUCGUGUGUAUGUCGAGCAGUACUCACUCUACUACUACGGUAACACAGGGAAGUAUAACGCCGAAGGCACAAAAUGUCUUCAUGUCUCAACAAAGUGUCGAAUGCUCUCUAAGUCCGGAAGAAGAACAGCAUUCUUUUCAGUGACGACCAAGUUAAUUUGCGACUUGUUUAUAAAUUUCCGAUACUGUAUAUAAAAAUAUAUGCGAAACAUUAAUAUGCCUAUUAACAUAUGUUAAGAAUAACGAUUACUUUCUUUUCUUUUCUUUCUUUUUUCUCUCUUUUCUAGUAUGUAUCAAUAAUUGUAGAAAGGUUUCUUAGUUUUGUACAAUACAAUGUAAAGCGAUAUAUUGUCUUGGAAGUUGUACGAUUGCAACUUGAUUUAAUAAUCAAGUUUCCUUUAUCUGUCCGAGAAUUAUACGAUUGAUAAUUGGAAUUACAUUGAAAUAAAAUUAAACCUUGUAAACCUUAUCGCAGUAGAUUUACUGCAUCAAGGUAGCUAGUUACAUGUCAUUUUUGGAGUAACUACAUCGAGGAUAAGUUAGGGCUGUCAGUCAUCUCUCGAGUUCAAAGGUUAAUAACAUUGAGGUUAUCGGAUGUUAGCUGCAGAUAUUUUUUUUUCCUUAAACGACACGUACACCCUUUGAUAGAAGGAUGUGUAUUAGCACGUUGCAGUGUACAAUGUGAUUUAUCGGCAAAAGAUUCAUUUUAAUACAAUGGAAUAUGUAUUCUAACUACACCUAUGUGUGUACAGGGAAUGGAAAUGUUUUACUCUUGUCUCAUUUGUCCGAUUAUCUAUAUUUGAAUAAACGAACAUGUGAGUUGCGUGGAAGGUAACCUAACCCAUAACUAAAUGAAAGCUUUCUCUCAAAGGGAAAUUUUGUUGCCAUUAACCCUCUGCACUCUGCCUAUAAGAUAGGCACUACAUGUAAUAGUAUAUAACUUUGUAUACUAUUUAAUGUUAUAGUAUAGUAUAUUUAUUUAUAAGUAGUAUAGAGUAUAUAUAAGUAAAAUUAUAGUAUAUAACUUCAUAAACGUGUGUUUUUGGUUGGUGUGAUGAUUAUAUAUGAUUAAUUAAUUUUUUUUUUUUUUUUGAAGAAUAUAUAUUACAAUAUAUGUAAUAUAUAUCCUAUGGGGGCAUAAG